CUCUGAUGUUAACCCAUCUGCCUGGAGGGCACGAGCAUGAGGCGAGCAGCGGGUCCGGGGGAAUAACAGCACCGGGUAGUUUAUGUGCUUUUAUUUGGACAAUGAGAUUUAUUCCGAGUCACUGGAUUCCAGUCGUACUUAUUUCAGGGUUGACUUGCGACUGUGUUCACGUGACGGUAAAGGAUGAGAAGAAGUUUGCCAUGCUGUUUUCCUCGGUGGUGCUGCAGUGCCAGUACAAAACCCAAUCCACCAAUCUCCCUACGGUGCAGUGGCAGUACAAGUCUUACUGUACAGACCGAACCAGAGAGUCGUUCACCUUCCUUGAGACGCUGGGAGUCCAUGGCUCUAAUCUGGGGGCCAAAAGCCACUUGGACUGCUCCGAUGCAAGUCGUACUGUCCAAAUCGUGGCCUCCAAGCAAGGAAACUCCUUGACCCUGGCUAACCAAUAUAAAGGCAGAGAUAUCUCCAUUAUCAACAAAGCAGACCUUCGUAUCGGAGCGCUACAUUGGGGCGACAGUGGCGUGUACGUCUGUAGGGUGAUCAGUAGUGAUGAUCUGGAGGGCAAGAAUGAAGAUCAGGUGGAGCUGCUGGUGCUGGGUAAGACAGGUGUGCCGAAUGACGUGCUGCCUGAGUUUGAGCUGGAGGUUAUGCCAGAGUGGGCGUUUGUAGGAUCUGUAGUCGUGGGUAGCGUUCUGCUUCUAGUGGUGCUUGGAGUGUGCUGGUGUCAGUGCUGUCCUCACUCCUGCUGCUGUUAUGUACGUUGCUGCUGCUGCCCUGACACGUGCUGUUGUCCGAAGCACUUAUAUGAAGCAGGUAAAAAUGCUAAAAGUGGUGGACAACCUCCUCAGAUCGCCAUGUAUCCACCAUACUAUGGUGUUGCCAUGGUUCCUCGAACAGCACCUUCUCUGACUGAGCCUAAGGUGCUUGCGGCGCCCCCCUCUGUGGAGAACAACACAGCUAGAGUGGGCGGCGACUAUUGUCUCCAGGCCAGUCCGGUUCAGGACGCAAUGAACGACAUAUACUGCAUAGAGAGGGACCUGGCAAAGUUCCAUACGGCCAAGUGGACAGGUCACCCAUCUGGCAGUGUAUCAGAGCUAAGCUCCUUGCAUGAUGGCGAUGUGGACUUCAGGCAGACCUAUAGGCAGGUGCAAAAGAAAGCUCUGCCUCCAAUCAGAGACCCCAGCAACGAGUCACAGUUCCACACAGCUUCCACAGCUCACAGACUCCGUCCCACACACUGUCGAAGCAGUCGCACUGAAGAACAGCCUGAUAGCCGGUGGAACUGCCGCUCGGAGCACCUGCCCAGGAAGGCCUUUGACACCAGGGGUCGCACGGGGUCUCUGGAUGAACUGGAGGAGUUUGCGAGGAACUAUGGGCACCGAGCUGGAAGGAGGGGUGACUUUCAUGAUUUCCGUGACCCCGAGCAAGAUUUUGACAUGGAACUGAGGUGCCAGAAUGAGUACAGGCCACGUGGUUUCCGGAAUGAUGAUGAUGAUGAUGAUGCUAACUGGCGGCGCCAUAGCCCCCCGUUGCCCCCACAAAGGGGACAUUACACCAGCAGUGAACGGUAUGGUACUCGUAGAAAGUCAUACAAUGAUGUCUAUUUGACCUCUGUGCUGGAGCGCAAGGCAAGGGGCCAGGGAGAAUGCGGUGGGCGGGUUGAUGAGGACAGUGACACGCCAUCAAAGAGCUCCAAGAAGAACAGUGACUGUUACUACAGUAGAUCAAGCAAUCGACCCGAGGAGGAUGAGUCCUUGCCUCCGUACUGUGAGGUAGAUCGCUGCCGGACUGAAGAACCUGCGGAACAAGAACGCUGUCGGACCAUGGAGCCGGCCACGAGGCCGUUCUCUUACACUCGCCCUAAUCAAAGCAUGUCCCACACUCUGCAGGACCUCAGGGAGGACAAGAACAAACCCAGAAAAUUGACCACUCAUCUAAGCAGAGACUCCCUCAUUGUCUGAAGCUCUUGAGUAUCCACGUCGCUGAUCACACUGGACUCGCAUCGUACUAUUGACAUGCACCUACAGGGACAUGCACAAAACAGCAUGAACGCAUACCAUGUACAUCAGAGAAAUAAUGACACUGGAGUCGAUCAGCGUGUGUGUGUGUGUGUGUGUGUGUGUGUGUGUGUGUGUGUGUGUGUGUGCAUAAAAAUGCAUGUGUGUUUCAUUUAUGAAUGCAUGCUUGUGUCAGUUUGUUUAAAGCCGGCAAAUCAUUCAUCUUUUUUGGACCUAUCAGUAUUGAUCUCUUCUUGCCCUUAAUCAGAGAACAAAUGGGCAGUGAAUCCUCUCUCAGCUGCACAAAACCCUAUAGACUGAAAAGACCUCAUAAAACCUUGUUUUCAUUUCUUUCUUGAUGAAGCCUUGAUAUUAAGUACUGUAUUUGUGUACCUUUUUUUUUUUAAUUAUUAUUAUUAUUGUUUUAUGUUUGCACUAUAGAUUAAGUUUGCAUUUCAGUGUUAAUCGAGUCUCCCGCAUGGGGAGUAUGGAAUGAUUUUUGGUCAUACGCUUUUGAGUAUUUCACUUGUUUGAAUUAAAAACUCUUGAUGUAAACACUUCCA